ACCUUCGUUCAUAUUUUUCAAAAGAACAACAGAAAAUGUCGCAAAGAAAAAGUGGUGCCAGUGCUGAUGACGUGUAUCAAAGUUCCUGGUUUGCCUACAAGCAUUUGUUAUUUCUCGGAGACUCAAUCAUUCCAAGAACGACGAAGGACUCCUUAGAGGAUACGAUCAUCGAAGAAGUUGAAAUUGGGGAAGACGAUAUACACGACAACAUAGCAGAUGAAGACCAACCACCAGAAAAAGAAGCACCUGAAACUCAAGAUACAGCAUCGUCUUCUUGUCGACAGCAAAAAUUUCUCCCAACACCACAGACCUGCAGAGGAAUUAAAAGAAAAAUAGAUGAUGAUAUAGGAAAAAAAAGAAGAGGCUGCCUUCGGAUUUCUUGA